AUGGAUGACAUCAAACAAAAGGCAGCCCUGAAAGAAAAGCUGGAAAACUUCUCUCCGAGCGAUCCAAAUGUUAAGGACAUCAAGAUCCUGGUGGCUGGACAAGUUGGAGCAGGAAAGUCCAGCUUCAUUAACUCCAUCAACAGUGCCUUUCAAGGACGAAUCUCCACUAGAGCACUAGUUAACUCAGCUGAAGGAGGCAGUCACAGUUUUACACAAAAACUCGAAGGUUUUACCAUCAGAAGUGGGAAAAAACCUUUGCCCUUCGUCUUCUUCGACAUCAUGGGUUUAGAACCUGCAGCAUUGGCUGGGCCACAAACAGAGGACAUCAUCAGUGCUGUGUUUGGCCACGUGCAGGAUGGCUAUAAAGUAAAAAAAACUAACAAAAAACCCUACAUUAGUUGUUUCAACACGGAGCGGCCACUCACUGCUCAGGAUCAAGAAUAUACCACAUACCCCAACCUCUCCGAUCAGUCUUUCUGCCUGGUUUAUGUCAUAGAUGCAAUUACAUUCCAUUUUAUAGAUGAUCAACUUAUUGACAAGCUGAAGAUCAUACGCAAGAGAAUCAGCAAUAAGGGUAAACUCACCUCCUGUUCAUGA